AUGCCGUGGCGCCCCAGCACUGCAGCCGUCACCACGGCGGUGCGGACACAAGGUAAGAGCAGCCACGGCGCUAGUCCAACGGUCCAGCAAGGGAAACAAGACAGAAGGCAUCUUCAACACCAACCCUCUCUCGCCAUGUCGUCCAACGGCGCAAGCAACCAAGAGCAGCACCUGCGUGCCCAACUUGAGCUUUUACAAAAUCACGAAGCUGAGCAGUCUCCCGGCUCGCCCAGCUCCGGAAACCGCGACUCCCGUGACGCAUCCGCGCGGCCCUCCAACGGCUACGACGACCUGCACUUUUCCUCCGCCCAGGACACGGCCGCCCGCGCACUCGCCACCAAGAGCGACGCCGACUCGCACAUUCACCCCGAUCUUCGCGCCGCGCAUGAGCAGCAAUCCCCCACGGGCUCCAUGAUGCAGCUAUCCCACCAGGACCACCAUAGCCACAGCCCCGUGUCGUCGGGCGGCCACCAGCAAGGUGCCCCGUUGGCACCAGCAGGCGGCGACCCCAUGGCCAUCGACCCUUCUGAUGGCCGCAAGACCAACAAGAGAGAAUUAUCACAGUCGAAGCGCGCGGCGCAAAACAGAGCUGCUCAGCGCGCAUUCCGUCAGCGCAAGGAGGGCUACAUCAAGAAGCUCGAGCAGCAGGUCCGCGAGUACACCGACAUGGAAACGACCAUUAAGCAGUACCAGUCCGAGAACUACGCCCUGCGUGAGUACGUCAUCCAGCUGCAGUCGCGGCUGCUCGAGACCGUUGGCGAGUUCCCCCCGCCCCCGCCUAACGUCAACCUCAACCACGCGGCGACGGCGCCGCCGAGCCAGCCGCUGCCUGCAGCUGCCGCGGCCACCGAGGCCCAACAACAACAACCAGAGAGUACUACCGUCGGCACGCCGCUCGAGGCCGUCGCCCAGGCCGUCGCCGGCCUCGCGGCGCAGGAGCAGCUAUCGUCGGAGCAGCGCUCACAGUACACGUCCGGCACCUUCAAGGCCGACUCGCACGACCAGGACACGCGGUCGGCGGAUGAGAUUAACCGGCAUCUCAAUUCGGAAGAGGGAACGACGGCAUAG